UGUAAUCGCUGCACAUUGCCAUUUCAAUUUUUUUCAUAGCUAAAUCUGUUUCUGCAAUGGGUGACUCCUUCAUCAUAGCGAUAGACUUUGGCACUGCAUACAGUGGAUAUGCCUACAGUGUGUCACCACGAGAGGCACAAGCUGAGCCCAUUCUGAAGACCUGGGGGAAGAAGUAUGGAUUAGACACCCCGAAGACACCAACCUGCAUUCUAUUUGAUGAAAAGGAAGAAUUCUACAAGUUUGGUUAUGAUGCCAAAAUGACGUAUUUAAAAAUGAAAGACACAGAAGCAAAGGAAAAAUAUUUCUUUGAAAACUUUAAGAUGUCUCUCUAUGGCAAACAACUCAACAGAAACUUGGUGAUUCCAGCAGCAAAUGGAAAGUCAAUGAAUGCCCUGAAAGUAUUCGCAGCAGCACUGUGCUACCUGAAGGAAGAUGCACUGAAAACCAUUGGUGAGCACACGGCAGGGAGGAAGUUCUUAUCCUCUGAUUUCACCUGGGUGCUGACGGUACCUGCAAUCUGGGAUAUUUCAGCAAAGCAGUUCAUGAGAGAAGCUGCAACUGAGGCAGGCAUUGUGUCAACAGAAGAACCAAACCGGUUGGUAAUAGCACUGGAACCAGAGGCAGCUUCAGUCUGGUGUAAGAAACUCCCAGCUGAUGGUUUCAUUGCAGAAAACCAAAACAACAACACAUUAGAAGAAAGUCCAGGAACACAGUAUAUUGUGGUUGAUUGUGGAGGUGGGACUGUGGACAUAACUGUCCACGAAGUGCUGGGUGGAGGAGCCCUGAAGCAGCUGCACAAGGCUUGUGGCAAUAAUAUGGGAGGACAAAUAGUUGAUGAAAAAUUCAAAGAUUUCCUCAAAGAAAUAUUCUCUGAUGAUGUCUGGGACGAGUAUGAAACAAAUUAUCCUGGCGAGCUUCAGAGAAUGAUGUAUGAUUUUUCUGUUGUCAAACAAGAGGAUGACGAUGCCAGAAUCACCUGCCCAUUUAACUUAACAGAAUUAGCUAGGAAAAGGCAGGACAUUGAAAUGUUCUUCAAGCAGGUGCAAGGAGCAUCCUGGGAGCAGGGACGAAUCAAAAUCUCAAGAGAGAAGAUGAAAUCUUUCUUUGAUGAGAGUCUGGUCAAGAUCACCAACAAUCUCAGACAAAUCUUCAAGAAAGGUUUGAAAAUUCAGUACAUUCUGUUAGUGGGGGGCUUUGCUUCAAGUGAGCUUCUGCGCAGAUACAUUACCAGUCAGUUUGGUGGUCAGUGCACAGUGCUGUGCCCUUAUAGGGCCCAGGAGGCAAUUGUGAAGGGAGCUGUCAUGUUUGGGAGAAAUCCAGCGGUGGUGGCAAUCCGGAAAAGUGGUUUUACUUAUGGGAUUGAUAUCUGGGAGAAAUUUGAGUCCAAACAUAAGGCAGAGAAGAAAACCUCUAAUAAAGAGGGGGAGUGGUGUAAAGACAUUUUCAAGAAACUGGUGGAAAUAGAUGAGGAUGUAGGUUGGGAUGAAACCAGAGAGCACACUUUCUGUCCUGUGGAAGCAGAUCAGACAUCUGUGACAAUUGAAUUUUAUCGCACAGAGAGAAAAAAUCCAAUGUAUGUGGAUGAGUGGGGACUGGAGCUGGUUGGUUCAGUUGAUGUUAGCAUGCCCUGCACUGAACGUGGCAUCAAUCGAGACAUCAAACUGGAAAUAAAGUUUGGCGCCACAGAAAUUGAAGCCACAGCCACUGACAUUGAUUCUCAGUCAACAAGUACAACCAAGAUCGAUUUCAUGACCAAAUGAUGAGGAUGUAAAAUGAUGCCCUCAGAAGUUAUUCCAUCAUUUGCACAUUUUUCUGACAGGUCAAGUUUAAAAACCAUUAGAUGGUCUGGCCUUGGUUAAAUAGAGGGUAUGAAAUUUUCACCUUGCAUGUUGUGCCAUGGUCCCUCUCCACUGGACCCUGGAACUGGCUCACCUUUAAUGUGCAUUGUAUUUCAGUGAUCCAGUUCCAGGGUCUUGGUGUUGUGCAUGGUGGCUCACUGGCAUAGGUUACUAGAACACCUGACAGAACUGAGCCAUUGUUAACAAAAUUUGUAUCACCUGUGCUUUUCUUGUCAAACUUUCUAGCAAUAGCCUAGGACGAAGCAGAUGGUUCAAAGAGGCGUUUACUUGGUCUUCAUGAUAUGUGUGAUCAAAUUUAAAUACACAGUUGCCCAUAAAGUUGGAAUAAAAUAUAUUUUACUUUUACUUCCAUUAAAUGAUUGUGACACUGUGAUUUAUUGUUGAUAGAUGAAGUGUAUAUCUUAUAGUUUAGCUGGGCUCUGAACCCAACACUAUUAGUCCUGGAUAACAGCUGAGCUGAAUCAUGCUGUGGUCACAACCAGCAGUGGUCUCAUACAUGUUAGCUAACAUAAAUAAGUGGAUCCUUUCUCUUAAAUGGACAAGAAAGCAAAAUGUAACUUAAACAGGUAUAUUUUUGUUUUUUCUAAGUUUUUUGCAUCUAACUCCUGGAUGUCUUAUACUUUGUACUUAUACUCAGCAAAAUUUAUUUUACAGGUUUUUUUGUUGUUUUUUGGUUUGUUUGUUUUUUGUUUUUUAAGAUGCAGUUUAGCAGAAUGUGUAAACGUGGUAAUUGGAAAUAAAUGUACUGUAAAC